UCUAUAUUUGAAAAUGAAAGUAGAACGUAAACAAGGAGUAGAGUGACCAUAUAUGUUGAUAAUUAGCUUAAACCAGCAGUUAUAGUAAUUUUCAAACGUAAAAAUGUUUAGUCCUGGUGAAGUUACAAUCAGAUCAUGGUCAGUUUCUUUCUAUGACAAUGAGAGCAGAAAAUGGAAAUAUGGUGUGCUGAAAGUGACACCAGAGUAUAUAGAGUUCAUGGAAGAUGUGACAGAAACAAUACAUCCAUACAUCAAAAUAUUACACCACUAUGAUGUUACAGACAUAAAGAAGUCUCUGACAGGAUUGGUCUAUAGAGCUUUAGUGAUAACUUUGGUAGACAAACCAAAACAUUGGGUUUCUUCAUUAACAGAUCAAACAUCUCUUUAUAAUGUUCUCCAGUAUUUCCAACAUCAAAAUCUGUUUUCAGAUGCAAGGAAAAAACCACCAACUCACACUCAAAAAUCGUUUGUUCCAACAGAAAUGGGAAGAAAACUUCUGCAUAGUGUCCAUGAUUCAGAACAGGUAUUGAAUAAUGCUGUUAAUGUAUUGCAUGAACAAGGUACACAAGUUGAAUCAUCUUUAGCAACCAUGCAUGAUAUUCACAAUGAUCUUGACAUUGCAGAUAGUUUAGUUUCUGGUCUAGAUAGCUGGCUAGGGAAGUGGAAAAUACCACAACAGUACAAAAGGGAAAGCUUAGAAAUAAUUCAAAGCAAAGAUUUGCCAACUGAGUUAGACUAUGAGAUUUUAUAUACAAAACUUGAAAUGGGAAAGAUGAAUUAUCAACAUUUAGGAAUUUUAAGAGUAUGUAUCCAAGGUUUGUUCAUAUUGACAGAAAAACAGAAGCUUGUGCAUAAUUUUGCUUGGAGAAAUAUAUCUUUGGUGAAAGUUUUGUCUCUUUGUGAACUCACAGUAACACAAUAUCAGAUAGGUCAACAAGAUUUGACCUAUGACUUUGUGUGUACAAAUUUUCUACCGGUUCUUAGACUACUUGAUGCAAAACUGAAAAGUAAAGUAGAGUUUAUGGAAGAUGUCUUCAAAGAAGAAAAUAGGAAGAGCAUGAGAAAGCACAAACCAAUUAUUGAUUCUACAGGACUUGCAAAAGAUAAAUUGUUUUCUAAAGAGGAUGAUGAGACAACUCUUUGUUAUGACACAGGCCUUUCAUACAUCCAACAACCAUCAUCUGGGUAUGUUUCUCAAGAAGGUUCUGAAGUACUAUGUCAGAAACAAAUUGUUACAGAUGAAGAAGUUGCAGAAAUAAGUGAGACAAUUCAGAAUAUCAAAUCAGUUGCUUUGUCUACACAACAAGAAUUAGACAUCCAAAUGGACAACAUUGAUAAGUUAACAGAUAAUGUAGACAGAGCUAACCAAAGAGUAAAUCAAACUGUUAGGCAUAUCAAUAAACUUACAUGACAGAACAAUUUAUACUAAAAUAUACAUUGAUUUAUUUAUUAACUUCUUUAAGCUUAAUAGGCUCAUUUGGUCAUCAGAGCUUGUCAGCUUAUUUCAUUUGAUGUAGAUCACUGUAAUUUUUUUCAGAUUUUUUUCUUCUCUGAAACUUUGAUCUGACCAAGACUCAAUUUAUGGCAUCAUAGAUCACCUGGCCUUAGGAGCCAAGCUACAAUGUAUUGCCCUCCCUUUUGCUCCGUUUGUCCUCCGAAACUGAAUGGAUUGAAACGUAGAUGAGGGGGCAUUAAGGUUUACCUUUGUCCAUUAGUCCGUCCGUCUGUCCAUCUGUAUGUACGCCCGAAAUUGAUUUCUAUCUUUAGUUUGCCUCAACCAAAUGUUAUGAAACUUAUACACAAUGCUUAUAACCACAAAACUCAGAUCAAGUUUGAAUUUGGAUGGCAUCACUUUUACCAUUUGGAGUUAUGCCCCUUUAUUAAGUGCAAGCUGGGGCAUCAUCUGUGUCCCAUGGACACAUUCUCCAUUUAUUUUUAAAUCUGUUUACCCAUUUUGGAGUUAUUGCCCCUGAAAUAUUGACUUAUAAUUUCUUUGGCAGGUCUUUGCUAAGGAGCUAAGUGUAAAUGAGAAGCAAAAAGGAUCAACAUAUCAAAUUUUAUCUACCCAAAUACUGUCAAAUAAAAUAGUAGAAAUUGGUCAUGCAAUGUAAACUUUUAUCAUUUUUUUACAGCUUUUGACUGUUAUCUUUUAAACUACAGGAGCUAGGUUAAAAGUGUCUAUGGGAAAAUAAUCAUCAUAGAAAGAUGUAUCUACACUGAAAAUUAGUAAAAAAUGCAAUGUUCAACUUGUUUUCUAGUUAUUGUCCCUGAAAUAUCUAUUUUAACAAUUUUCAAUUUUCAAUUUCUUUUUUUUUGCUGCUAUCUUAAAAACCAUAGGAGUUAGCUUAAAAUUGUAAAUUACAAAAAUAAUCAGGUAGACAAGAUCUAUUUACUCUGAAUAUUUCAAAAACCUGACUGCCUGCUUUGGAGUUAUUGCCCCUGAAAUGUAUGAUUUUUACAGGUUUUUGUCUCGCCUGUGAUGAAAGUGGAGGAAAGCGAGACAUAGGGAUUGCUUUUCUGGCAACGACGAUGAAGGCGACAACUGCAUCAACAUUGGUUAAGUUUUCUGCUUAAGUUAGUUUGAUUGGAACUACUUGUGAUAGAUCAUUGAUAUGUCAUAGAAAGUUGCAUUAAUAUCAGUACAUUUCAGUUUGAUGACAAUUUUGAGGCCCUGCCCCCUAGGUCCAGUGACUUUGAAAUAUUAAGCAAUUUUAAAUGUUAAGUUUUCUGCUUAGUCAGUUUGAUCGGAAUUACUUGUGAUAGAUCAAUGAUAUUUUGUAUAAAGUUGCUUUACUAUCAGUAUAUUUCAGUUUGAUGACAAUUUUGAGGCCCUGCCCCUUAGGCCAUGGUCCUGUGACUUUGAAUUAAUUAGCAAUUUUAAAUGUUGAGUUUUCUGCCUAAGUUAGAUUGAUAGGAAUUACUUGUGAUAGAUCAAUGAUAUUUUGUAUAAAGUUGCUUUACUAUCAGUAUAUUUCAGUUUGAUGACAAUUUUGAGGCCCUGCCCCUUAGGCCAUGGUCCUGUGACUUUGAAUUAAUUAGCAAUUUUAAAUGUUGAGUUUUCUGCCUAAGUUAGAUUGAUAGGAAUUACUUGUGAUAGAUCAAUGAUAUUUUGUAUGAAGUUGCAUUACUAUCAGUGCAUAUCAGUUUGACAACAAUUUUGAGGCCUUGCCUUGUAUGCCAUGGUCCAGUGACUUUGAAUUUUUUAGCAAUUUUAUAUGUUAAGUUUUCUGCUUAAGUUAGUUUUAUAGGAACUACUUGUGAUAAACCAAUGAUAUUUUGUAGGAAGUUGCAUUACUAUCAGUACAGGAUAGUUUUACGACUAUUUUAAGGCUGUAUCCUAUGCCAUGGUCCAGUGACUUUGAAUUAAUUAGCAAUUUAAGAUGAUAAGUUUUCUGUUUCAGUUAGUUUGAUAGGAACUACUUGUGAUAGAUCAAUGAUAUUUUUUAUGAAGUUGCAUUACUUUAGUACAUAUCAGUUUGACAACUAUUUUGAGGCCCUGUCCCCUAGGCCAUGGUUCAGUUACUUUCAAUUUAUAAGCAAUUUUCAAUGUUAAGUUUUCUGCUUAAGUUAAUUAAUAGGAACUACUUGUGAUAGGUCAAUGAUAUUUUCUAUAAAGUUGCUUUACUAUUGAUAUCAGUACAUAUCAGUUUGAUGACUAUUUUAAGGCUCUGCCCCUAGAGAUUGUCCAGAGACUUUGAAUUAAUUAGCAUUUUUCAAUGUUAAGUUUUCUGCUUAAAUCAGUUUGAUAGGAACUACUUACAACAGAUAACAGUAUUUUCUAUAAAGUUAUAUUGCUGUACAUUUCAGUUUGUCCAUCAUAUUAAAAUUAAGAAUGGAAAUGGGGAAUGUGUCAAAGAGACAACAACCCGACCACAGAACAGACAACAGCAGAAGGCCACCAACAGGUCUUCAAUGCAGCGAGAAAUUCCCGCACCCGGAGGCGUCCUUCAGCUGGCCCCUAAACAAAUAUAUAUACUAGUUCAGUGAUAAUGAACGCCAUACUAAACUCCAAAUUGUACACAAGAAACUAAAAUUAAAAAUGAUACAAGACUAACAAAGGCUAAAGGCUCCUGACUUGGGACAGGCGCAAAAAUGCGGCGGGGUUAAACAUGUUUAUGAGAUCUCAACCCUCCCCCUAUACCUCUAGCCAAUGUAGAAAAGUAAACGCAUAACAAUACGCACAUUAAAAUUCAGUUCAAGAGAAGUCCGAGUCUGAUGUCAGAAGAUGUAACCAAAGAAAAUAAACAAAAUGACAAUAAUACAUAAAUAACAACAGACUACUAGCAGUUAACUGACAUGCCAGCUCCAGACUUCAAUUAAACUGAUUGAAAGAUUAUGUCUUCAUCAUAUGAAUAUCAGGCACAAUCCUUCCCGUUAGGGGUUUAGUAUCAUACCAUCAUAACAUAUAUGAGAAGAACAUAACCCGUGUCAUGCCAACAACUGGUUUUUAAAUAAAUGUGUUUAGUGCUGAUGCAAAGACCCUAUAAGUGAAUCAAUAUUAACGCCAAAAUAUGCAAUCUUUAAUGACCUGACAACAGUAUCGUAACUAUAUCCCUUCUUAAUAAGUCUAUUUAAAGGUUUUGUUAGUUUCAGAGGUGAAUACUGACAUUUUUGUGCUUUAUAAAGAAUAUUUCCAUAAAAAUUGGAUGUGAAAUACCUGAACGUAUAAGAAGUCUGCAUGUUGAGCUAUAUUUACGAAUGAUUGUCUUUUUCUGAAUUUGGUGCUGACAGGCAAGUUUAUUUUUUUAGUUUUUAGUGGUUAUCUGAUUCUCAAAAACUAUAUGAUCUAGAUUAAAAGUGUAAAUUACAUAAAUGAUUAGCAACACAGAAAAUAACUUAUAUGUAAAAUAAAAGGUCCUUAUUAGCAGAUUGGCACUUUUUCACAAGGUGAGCCUCUUGUUCACCAAUUCAUUUGAUUUUAGGAUUUUUCCAAAGUAUCUUAUUUAUCUUAUAUAUGUAUUUGUUAAACUGUUGUUGAUUUUUUUUUAAUUUUCAUUGUAGUUGUGUUUUUAAGUCUUCACACCUAUAUUAUUGUGUAAAGUCUCUUUUUUCUAAACUGAAUAAAAUUUUGUAUUCACCCUUGUACCUGUUGUUGAUUCACUAAUCAUGAUAAGUGAAAAAAAAGGAUUAGUAUCAAAAAUCAUGUUAAAAUGUCUGUGCUAUGUCAGGAAUAUCAUAUCAGUAUCAAUUAUUGUCAUUUUUUACAUAAUUGUUUUUAAUUGUCUUUUAAAAGAAAUUUGGUUUUGAUGGCAGAUAUUUUUAUAUUUUUUAAAAUGUACUAUGUCUUCACAACUUGUCUAUCUUAGUUUAACAGCUAUAUGUUUAUUUUUGAAAGCCAUUUGUUCACUUUUAAUUAUUUUUUUUAUUUUUUUGUAUAUUGUUUGGGUGUUUUCAGACUAAAGUAUGUAGCACUUUAUCUCGUGUAAAGAAGUAAGAGAAACAAAUGUGAUAUCCUUUGUACAGAGGCAGACACAGAUGUUUGAGUUGUAUUCAACAGUUAUAAAAAUAACACAAAAUUGUUAGGGAGAUGUCAAUGCAAAGGGUUUCAAAGAUUGUUAAAUUUCAGGCAAAAGAUUUAACUAAGUUGCAACAGCAAUAAGAUGCUCAAAGUUUAAGUAUAAUGAUGCCAUUUUAGCUCAUCUAGACAGUGUGGGUUAGUGCCAUUACUUAGCAUCUGCAAUCAACAUUUCUCCUUUUCAGCAUAAAACAAAUUAAAAUUGGAUCGUUUCAGCAUCUGCGAAGAAACUGCUUGGUCAGUUUGAAAUUGGCAUGAAGAAUGUUUGAAAAGUUCGUCAUACAUUUUAUUUCAUUCAGACUUUAGGGCUAAAACAUUGUAGCAAUGAUGCCAAAUAUUUUAUCUUGUCAUCGAUUAAAAAUUUAUGGCCUAAUUUAACCAAAUUUGGUAAAAUAAUAUGAUAUACAAAAGUCCUCAUAUAGUUUUGAAUAAAUGAAAAAUGUGGCCUCAA